AGCUUGCUGCUGUAAGUAGGAAUACAGCAUAACAUAUUUUCUCCGUCAAUUACAAACUUAGUGUUUUCUUCCAUUUGUAGUAAUUUUUUUUCUUAAAUCCCUUUUUCCUAUUAUUUGCUUUGUACCUAUUUAAGCAAGACAUCAUUUUUUCUGUUCUGUUCUCCAUCAUUCUCCAACACUUUUCAGUUACAUGCAUUCCUUUAAAAAAAAUAGUAUGAAAUUUCUUAGGAGCCACCUCCAUCGUUUUCUCUUCCAUUUUAGUUCACACAAAAUUUUCCAGAAGAACACUUUUUUAUUUUAUUUUUUUUAUAUUCCUGCUGAUGCUACCUGCAUUCUCCAACCACUUUUUAGUUGCAUGCAUUUUUUUUUUAAUAUUAAAGGUUGUUAGAGCUCACCCUUUGUCGAUUUGUCUUCCUUUUCAGUUCACACUUUUUUCCUGAAGCAAUGAAGUCACACAAAGAAGAUGACAAUGUAAACAAAAAGAAUACAAGAGCUCAUUCUGCUUUAAUUUUCUUGUUUUUUUUUUUUUUUAUUUCUGUAUAGUUUUGUUUGUUUAUUUAUUAAUUAAUUAUUUUCAUUGAUUAUAUUUUUUAUUGUUACUGUGUAGUUAAUAUCAGUGAUGAUAGCUGUUGGGAUUUGGUUAUUUUUACAUUAGUAUAUUGUGUAAUUUGUUUAAGGGUCAAAAUUUCACAUAGUUACUUAUUACUUCAUUGAUUUUGAAUAGCUUUGUUAAUUCUUUCUUAAAUAAAUCACAAAUGUGGUAGCUUUUACAUUUGAAUCAUUUAUGGGUAGUGGGGAUUUGCUGAUUUUACAAACUAAUACCAAUUGUUUCACACUCAUUUCUUUUUUUCUUUUUUUUUCACAAAGUGAUAAUCAAUCUUCAGUGAGUUUCUUUAUGGAGGGUUACAGUUUUGAUAGAAUGUUCAAGGCUGAAUGUUGUGAGAUAUGUGGUGCUAUUGGUUGGAAAGAAGUACUACUUACUUGUUCUAAAUGCAAAGGAGGACGUGAACAUGCUUAUUGCACGAAAUUUCAUACCUUAAUAAUUCCAGAAUAUUGGGUCUGUGAGCCUUGCGGAUCCAAGUGUGUGUCAACUUCACCACUUAAAGAGGAUCGUGGUAUUGGCUCAAGGGCUUCUAAAAUGUACCAAACAAGCAAAACUGCAAAAGUGAAGUCACUUACAAAGGAUGAAGUCAUUAGACUCUCUUCUGGAGCAAGUCAUCCUGUUUCAUCUACUAUUGUACUUGGAAAACAUAGAAGAAAUGAUGAAAUACACAAGAAAACAAUGACUAGUAAACAUGCUUCUUGCUCGUUAUCAAAAGGACCAACAAAGGAGUGUGUAGAAGAUGACAUAUUUUCUGAAUCUCAUGUAGGACCAACAAAGGAGUGUGUAGAAGAAAAUCAAAAGUCCCUUGGAAGAGUGAUAGCUGAUCAUAAUAUUCAAGACUAUUAUUCUUGGAAGGAAAAGCUUGCAAACAAGGCACCUUUUGAAGCUUCAUCAUCAAGAAACUCUUCCCCUUUUGCUGAUUCAGGACCAUCAAAGAUAUGCUUAGAUAAAAACCAGCGACCAAUGGGUGGAGUGGCACCUGCUAAAAAAGUUCAAAUCCAUGAUCCUCAGAAAGAGAAGCCUACAAAAGCGGCACCUUUUGAAGCUUUAUUCGCAAGAAAAUCUUCCCCUAUUGUCGGCUCAGGUGGUAUCCCUUGUGCUAAUGAUGACGGCAAUCAGUUCACCAUUAAAAAAUAUGACAAGAGUAUUCAGCAAAGCUUAAACCUUGAUAGUAAAUUUUUACCGUGUUCAAUUACUACUUGGAGGGGUCAAUUCCAAAUUCUUCAUACUGCUUCACCUAGCAAGUUUUAUGAUGGGUUUGAAGCCCAACCACCAUUCAUUGUUAAUGGGAAAGCAUUUGCAUUUUCGAGAGAAAUGCCAUCGGUUCUUCAAUUGGAGUCCCGUCCUGCUUUGAAAGUCUUGAUUGACAUAUUCCAAGAUGAUUCUCCUCAGCUUCAGGAUAUUGCACUGUACUUCUUUCCAUCAGAAAAAACUGAGAGGUCAAGAAUGAACCUGAAUAGUAUAUUGAAGCUUAUGAAAGAUGAAAAAACAAUGCUGAGAAGUUAUAUUAAUGGAGUAGAGUUGCUGAUAUUUACCUCAAAUCAACUUGGCAUGGACUCAAGGGGUGCCAUUGCUACAAUAAACGAUGGACAUUUCCUGUGGGGAUUAUUUCGCAAAAAGAAAAUUGACAAAGCUAUUGAAAGAGUACCUAAAAUGGAGCCACUUGAUAUGGACUUUGAUAUGUGGAAGGAUGCGAUGGGGAGAACUUAUCAACUUGGACUAGUUACACCCAAUCUGGGUGCUCCUCCAGGCUUUGAAGAAUAACCAAAACGUCUUCAUGAAACUUCUUGCGGAAGAUCAGGACCUAACAGCACAUGAUUUGAGACCUUCCUUCCAGAUGGUGCAGUGAACAAACUUCAUUAGUUGAAGUAAAAUAUCACUAGGUGUUGCUAUACUCUAUACUACAACAUUUGUUUGCUCAGUUUCUGAACCCAGUUAAAAAUAUCUCCAGGUUUAGCUUGUGUUCGAAUUUCAGAAGUUUGUUCUGAAAGAUGCAAAUUGUAUUCACUCUAUCUAAAAGAUUGUUACAAUUCUAUUCUACAUCAGAAUAUAUAUAUAUAGGAGGAGAAGUUACAUUGCAGUAGAGAGUGGUUUGGAGCAAUUAUAACACAAACUA